AUGACUUUUUCUAGCUCGUACGCAAAUGGUAAUAAUCAAACAUCCGAUAUUGAAGAUAAUAGUAAUAAUGGAGGAGACCAACAAACUAUAACAACACAAAAUCAAAGACAGUCGUCGUCACAGACUACUGCUGCCACUACUACCACACAAACAUCACAGCAUCCCUAUACUGCGAGGCCUUCAUUUGGUUUGAUCGAUUUUGGUUUACUGGAAACUUUAGGAACUGGAACUUUUGGAAGAGUGUUUCUCACAAAAUUCAAACACAGAGAAAACUCAUUUUAUGCGAUGAAAGUAUUAAAAAAAGUUGAAGUUGUUAGACUUAAACAAGUUGAACAUAUAAAUUCAGAAAAAUUAAUUCUGAGUCAAGUUCAUCAUCCAUUCAUCGUAAAUUUGUUUUGUACAUUUCAAGAUGAGAAAAAUUUAUAUAUGUUAUUAGAAUAUGUGAUUGGUGGUGAACUUUUCUCACAUUUACGGAGAGCUGGCCGAUUUACAAAUGACAUGACCAGAUUUUAUGCAGCGGAAAUUGUCCUUGCAAUAGAGUUUCUGCAUUCAAAAGAUAUAAUUUAUCUUGAAGAUCGUACGUGGACAUUGUGCGGCACACCAGAAUAUUUAGCACCAGAAAUUAUUCAAAGUAAAGGCCAUGGUAAACCUGUGGAUUGGUGGGCUCUUGGAAUUUUAAUAUUUGAGAUGUUGGCUGGAUAUCCACCUUUUUUUGAUGAUAAUCCAUUCGGAAUUUAUGAAAAAAUUCUAGCAGGAAAAAUACAGUUCCCAAAUCAUUUUGAUGCUAAUGCCAAAGACCUUAUUAAACGUCUUUUAACAGCAGAUCGUACAAAAAGAUUAGGUAAUCUUAGGGGUGGCAGUGAUGAUGUUAAAAAACAUAAAUGGUUUCGUGGUGUUGAUUGGCAGGGGCUAUAUGAUAGACGCGUGGCAGCUCCUAUUAUACCACCAUAUCGACAUCCUGGUGAUACAAGUAAUUUUGAAAAAUAUCCAGAACCAAAUGACGACGAAAAUUGUAUCGGCAGUACUCCAACGGUUCAGCAGCAUCAACUACUUGAAUCAACUGGUUUGCCUUUUAUUGCAAAGAAGAAUCUUGGUAUUCAAGAUAAAGCAGCACAACCAGUAAAAUUUUCACGCCAGCCAAUUCGUCCGACUCAACCAGUUCGUGAAAAUAGUGCACAGGAUGAUAUUGUCAUAUUUAACAAAAAUAUAAGGAAACAACAAAAAACGGAAAGAAGGACAUCAUUACCAAUUAAUAUUCAAACUUCGGGUGAUUCAAACGCUUUUGAAAUUGUGUUUGAUGAAUCUCAAGAUAUUGCACCAGAAAAAACCGCAAGUCCAACUACAAGUACAGGUUUUUUGAUAAAAAAACCACUCAAAUUAACUUCCUUACAACGACCAAAAUCUCAACCUAUAAUCCCAACCACAAAAUUAGCCCAUAAUACACCAAAACCUGUAAGAUCACAAACCACCCCAUCUAUCCUAAAUAAAAGUCAAUUAUCAUCAUCAUCUACUGCUGGUAUUACUGGUGAGGAAGUAAAAGAGAUUACAGCGCAGAAAAUAUAG